UUUUUGUUUUAAUAGUUUAAGAUAUUGAGCACUGAAGUCCAACUUGACUGGUUUUGUAGCCCUGAAUUAUUCUAAGUUGGCGGCUACUUGAAUUAAAAAAAAAUCCAGUAACAUACAAACUUUCAUAAACACUUCCCUACGCUCUUCAUUUACUGUGAUUUCUCAUAUGCACUCUGCAAGUCUAAGCUUUUCGUAUCUGAACAAUUUUUUUUGUACACUUUGGUUAUUUCCUAUUCUCAUCAUAGUGAUAUCCAAGAUUGGUGGCCUUGAUGGAUACCUUUCUGGAUGAAAUUCCCAGUUCCAUGAACAAAUUCAUAUUUGAUCAAGGCUCUGUCCCGGCCUAUUCGGAUCAGAAUAUUGUUACUGAGUUUGAAGCCGAUCAUGAUUUCACAGAUCCCAGUUUCUUUCUAGUCAAUCCAGACCCUUCUAGUGAUUUCUCCUCAUUGUCGGGCUUCAGCUCAGAGGUGGAUUCUCCAGACAGUCAAUCCUCCAAUGCUAUUCUCAAGUACAUAAGUGAGAUGCUUAUGGAGGAAGAGUUGGAGAAUAAGCCCUGCAUGCUGCAGGACUGUUUGGCCCUCCAAGCUGCUGAAAAAUCCUUACAUGAUGUCCUGGUUCAAGAGUAUCCCUCUUCAGCCAAUUCACUUCUUACUUCAGUUUACCAAAAUGUUGAGAACCCAGAUGAGGGCAGUAACCACAGCAGUAAUGGAUCUGUUGCUGCUAGCAACUGGGUUGGCUCAGAUUGGGAUUGUGUUCAAGAUGUUUUCCAAUCCUCUCAUAUCCAAAUUUCUGCUACUGAAUCUCCUGCAUAUACCCUUUUAGUUCCAAAUCGAGAGGGUCAAAUCAUAGAUGUAGAAAGCAGCUCAUCAUUUCCUAUAGAACCAAGGGAGCUGGCUAAGGAUGUGAGUUUCAAUUCAGUCCAAGAUGGGAGUAGCUCACCAAGUGGAUCAAGGAGCAAGAAAAAUCGUCAGCGGGAAGACGACGAUGAUCUUGAUGAAGGGAGGAGCAACAAGCAAUCAGCUGUUUAUGCUGAUGAAUCUGAGCUACCUGAACUGUUUGAUAAGGUACUGCUCUGUCAAGGUGAAAAGCAAGAGUCUCAAUCAUGUUCUCCUCAGGAAUCUGAGCACAAAGAGGGGAGCGGAAAGUUGCAGCUUAACAGGAAGUCAAGAGGAUCCAAAGGCAAAAACACACGCAAGAAAAAACCGGAUGACAAUACAGGAGGGGUUGAUUUAUGGACACUGCUAACUCAAUGUGCACAAGCUGUUGCAAGCUAUGACAUAAGGACUGCAAAUGAGCAACUCAGGCAGAUAAGGCAGCACUCUUCUCCCUACGGUGAUGGAACCCAGCGAUUAGCUCAUUACUUAGCCAAUGGCCUUGAACUACGCUUGGCUGCAGGAGUUCCCUUGAACCCAAAGAUGUCAGCUGCUGAUCUCUUGAGAGCUUACCAGACUUACAUUACAGCAUGCCCCUUCCAUAAGAUGUCAAAUUUCUAUGCUAACCGAACAAUUGCAAAACUAGCAGAGAAAGCAACAAGGCUUCACAUCAUUGAUUUUGGCGUUCUCUAUGGAUACCAAUGGCCUUGCUUGAUCCAAGGCCUCUCCAACAGACAUGGUGGACCUCCCACACUUCGCAUUACUGGAGUUGAGUUUCCCCAACCAGGUUUUCGGCCUUCAGAAAGGGUUGAAGCGACAGGGCGACGCCUGGCAAAUUACUGCGAGAGAUUUAAAGUCCCAUUUGAGUAUAAUGUCAUAGCAAAGAAUUGGGAAACUAUUCAGUAUGAGGAUAUCAAAAUUGACAGAGAUGAGUUGAUUGUUGUCAAUUGCUUGUACCGAUUGAAGAACCUUCCUGAUGAAACAGUGACAGACAGUCCAAGGGAUACAGUUUUGAAGUUGAUCAGGAGAAUUAACCCAGAUAUAUUUAUUCAUGGUGUAGUCAAUGGGUCCUAUAAUGCACCCUUCUUCGACACACGCUUCCGGGAAGCACUCUUCCAUUUCUCUUCACUGUUCGACAUGUUCGAGGAGACUCUGCCCCGAGAAGAUCAACAGAGGCUACUCUUUGAAAAAGAAGUAUUUGGUAGGGAUGUUAUCAAUGUAAUAGCAUGUGAGGGUUCAAGGAGGUUUGAAAGGCCUGAGACAUACAAGCAGUGGCAGUUUAGAAACAAGAGAGCUGGGUUUAGGCAGUUACCACUGGACCAGGAGAUCUUGAAGAAAGUCAGGAGUAUGGUAACGUCAGAAUACCAUAAAGAUUUCGUUGUUGACGAGGAUGGCAUGUGGGUCUUGCAGGGAUGGAAAGGCAGAAUAAUUCAUGCUAUAUCAUACUGGAAACCUGUUUGAGACUUACAGAAGGAGACCUCAUGCCAUGAGAAAUUUCUCUUUCAUCUUUGUUCCCACAGUUAUAAUCGAUGUAACAAGAACUUUCAAGGGUUGCUAUCCAUGUUACGUUCUUCUUUGGCUUCUCUGGCAUCGAAUCGAAAGCGUUGCCCGAUUUGUUUCCUGCUAGCAUUCAGCCUGGCAGAGAUUAGCUAGAGCUGCUUAGAGCAUGAUGUAUAUGUACUAGCUAUAAAGGGGGCAAGGUUAGCUGUGUCCUCUAUUACGAACUGAUUUGCAUGUACUACAUAAUUCAGCUUAAUGAAAGUUUUUUCUGAUAAACAGAGAGUUAUGUAGUCUAUAAUUGACUCUCACAGUUCU